AACAGGAGCUCCAUAUCCAUAUCCGAGCCCUCCUAUAUAAAUACACCCAGGGAUGAUUUCUUCCCACUCCUGCUGGCCACUGCCGACCUCCUCCUCGACUCUCUGUCUCGUCGUAGGUUGUGAAGAAAAGAAACCGCCAACAUGUCUGACAAGAAAAUGACUUCGAGCCGCAAGCAUCAUCUGAAGAGUUUGAUGCUGCAGAUCGCGGCGACCUGGAUUGAAAAGGAGAAAAAGGAACUCGUAGUGGCCAAGCAGGCCUACAUGGCUGAGAAUUGUCCAUCACCCUCUCUGAGUGGAGACCAGGCCGCCCUCAUGGAAACUUGCAAAAAGAUGGCCGCCCUCAUCGACAAAGUGGAUGAAGAAAGGUACGACAUGGAGUCCAAAGUGGGCAAGGCUAAUAAAGAGAUUGAAGACCUGAAGAUCAAAGUGGUCGACCUGGCCGGAGUGAAGAAACCCGCUCUGAAGAGAGUGCGUAUGUCCGCCGACGCCAUGCUGAAGGCUCUGCUGGGCUCCAAACAUACCGUCAACAUGGACCUGAGGGCCAACCUGAAGCAGGUCAAGAAGGAGGUGAAAGAGGAGGCUGGGGAGGCGGUCGGUGACUGGCGUAAGAACAUUGAGGACAAAACUGACAGGAAGAAGAUGUUCGAGGCUUCUUAAAGAACUUAACUCCUGUAGUUGCUUUGGGCCGUUAGCACUUUUUAUGGAAUUUAUGGAAUUUUUCAUUGAAUUGUUUCAUUAAAUCUGUCAGUUUCA